UUAAAGGGGCUGCGGCGAGAUUGGGCGGAGCCAGAGUGAGGUUUGUUUUCCUCUUCGUGCCGCAGCCGAGGCGGCCCCCUCGAGCGCUCGGCGCAUGCGUGGCCCCCUCAUCCAUCCAUCCAUCCUCUGAGUCGGCUCCCGAAGAGCCCCGAGGAAGCCGCAGGUGGGGGCUGUAGCUGAAAGACUAUGUCCACUAUGGUGUAUCCAAGGGAGGAGAAGAUGGACAAGCUAAGCCAAGAGGAGAUCAUUUCCAACACAAAGCUGGUCAUGCAAGGGUUGGAAGCCUUGAAGAAUGAGCACAACUCCAUUUUGCACAGCCUGCUAGAGACCAUCAAAUGCCUGAAGAAGGAUGAGGAAGCCAACCUAGUGCAUGAAAAAGCUAACCUAUUGCGCAAGUCGGUAGAGAUGAUUGAAUUGGGGCUUGGAGAAGCUCAGGUGAUGAUGGCUUUAUCAAACCAUCUGAAUGCAGUAGAGUCUGAGAAGCAGAAACUCCGGGCCCAGGUACGUCGGUUAUGCCAGGAGAACCAGUGGCUGCGGGAUGAGCUAGCAAACACCCAGCAGAAACUGCAGCGCAGUGAACAGACAGUGGCACAACUUGAGGAAGAAAAGAAGCAUCUGGAGUUCAUGAACCAGCUGAAAAAAUAUGAUGAAGAUGUAUCUCCAUCGGAGGAGAAGGAAGGUGAUUCUACAAAGGAUUCGUUGGAUGAUUUGUUUCCAAAUGAAGAAGAGGAUCAGGGCCAAGGGUUGCCUCAUCAACACAGCAGUGCAGUAGCAGCUGCCCAGCAAGGUGGUUAUGAGAUCCCAGCACGUCUACGUACCCUCCAUAAUCUGGUCAUCCAGUAUGCCUCACAGGGGCGCUAUGAAGUGGCUGUACCUCUCUGCAAGCAGGCAUUGGAAGACUUGGAAAAGACUUCGGGCCAUGAUCAUCCUGAUGUGGCCACCAUGCUCAACAUCUUGGCCUUGGUAUAUAGGGAUCAAAACAAGUACAAGGAGGCAGCUCACUUGCUGAAUGAUGCACUGUCCAUUAGGGAGAAGACACUUGGCAAGGACCAUCCUGCAGUUGCAGCAACCCUAAAUAACCUGGCUGUUCUCUAUGGCAAAAGGGGGAAAUACAAGGAGGCAGAACCAUUAUGUAAGCGCGCACUGGAAAUCCGGGAAAAGGUUCUUGGCAAAGAUCACCCAGAUGUGGCCAAACAGUUAAAUAACCUGGCUCUGCUAUGCCAGAAUCAGGGCAAAUAUGAGGAAGUAGAGUAUUACUACCGCCGGGCACUUGAGAUCUAUGAAUCCCGUCUCGGGCCUGAUGACCCCAAUGUGGCCAAAACGAAGAAUAAUCUGGCCUCCUGCUACCUGAAACAAGGCAAAUACAAGGAUGCAGAGACCCUCUACAAGGAGAUUCUCACCCGUGCCCAUGUGAAGGAAUUCGGCUCUGUGGAUGAUGAACAUAAGCCUAUAUGGAUGCAUGCAGAAGAAAGGGAGGAAAUGAGCAAGAGCAAACACAGAGAAAACACCCCCUAUGCAGAGUAUGGUGGAUGGUACAAAGCCUGCAAGGUCAGCAGCCCCACAGUGAACACUACCUUGAGGAAUCUGGGUGCACUGUACAGACGCCAAGGCAAGUUGGAGGCUGCGGAAACGUUGGAAGAAUGUGCAAUGCGAUCCAGGAGACAGGGUAUUGAUCCUAUUAACCAGACCAAGGUGGUAGAGAUUCUGAAAGAGGGUGAUGGCUCUGAGCGGAGGAGGAGCCGAGACAGCCUGGCGGGCAACGUCAAAUAUGAGAAUGCCACAGAUGGUAGUGAGGAAGUGAGUAUGGGCGUGGAAUGGAAUGGGGCUUAAAUGCCUCCUGAGAACUUCCUUUUCCCCUUCUCCCCUUCACAACAAUCACCUGGAUGCUUGUGCCGCUCCUUCUGACUUUUUCCUCCAAACCGUUCCCCCUCCUUCCACUGUUCCUGCUCUCCUCGGCCAGGACUCCACACCAGUUUCCCCCCAACCUUCCAUCCCGGUGGGCAUCGAGGAACAGAGCGGCAUCUGCAGAGAAAUGUCCAGCUGGCUGCAACGGGCUCCGCUCCUGCCUCAACCAGCAAGAUCGGGAAGAAACUCCACAUGGCUGCCUUUCCCUUCCCUACCUCACCCUGCAAAGUCUUGCCUUCCGCCAGGGCAAGGCUUUGCAAGGAUUGCUUGGGGCUUCCGCCAUUCUCUUUCCUGUGUCUCGGCAGGAGCCUGAAUGAAAAGGCUUCUGCUGUCUCAGGACAGCCUUGCUCUCCAUUCUGUGCCCUCCUCAUUGUUGAAGCGUGGCCCCCCCAUCCCUCUUCCUCUUACCUCCUAAUAUAAUCAGAUUUGUUGCUCCAUAUGAGCUCUGUGCCCCCUUCUUGUUGGUUUCUCUUUCUUUUUCUGCCAGAACACGGGGUGAAGAGUUAGUAGACAAUGAGUACAUGUAUAUCUCCAGCUUCAAAUUGUAAGGAAGGUGGAGGACGGGUCUGCAGUCCUUGAUCAUAUCUCAUCAUUUUUGCUCUGAUAUACAAUGCCCUAAUGGGGUUUUGUAUGCCGCCUGCUGCUACUGGAGAGGCCUGGUUGCCACCUUUUAUAGCAGCUGGGCCUGAGGCCUGUACAAAUGGGGACAGACGUUGCUCUAACAUCUUUCUCUUAGUGGGUGUGGAUCAUUUUAACCUGUUCCUGUAAAGCUCAAAAGAUGGGACAUGUGAUAUCAGGAACCAAAAGUUCUGAAAGAUGUGUCAAGUUUAAAACUGAAGAGACAUAAGUAUGAGCUGUAGGAAUGGACACAGUCUACCUCCAUGAAUGAAAUGGAAGCAUUUACAGGUGGUUAAAUUAUAGCGGUUGGGGCAGUCCUAAGGAUGUUUUCACAAUAUUGUCCAAUGCCAGCUAGUCUGAUUAUACUUUGGGCUUGAUUUGGUCUGCCUAUGUCAGAAGAAGAUUCUAUGAAUUUGGGAAUAUUUCCUCACGCUGUCCCUUUUUUCCCCCUGUGCAAGAAGAGGAGCAACUGUAGAUAAAGGUGGUUUGUCUACCUUUGCUUUGUGCUACUCCACCCAUAAGGUCACAGGAGUGGUUAAUGACGGCAUAUUUACAUCUCUUAAUUUAUUAUGAUAAAUGUACAUUUUUAAUCAUGCUGUUGCUUAACACUGGAGAUCACAGUGUCCCAGUCAAAUGACCACAAAACACACACGUGAAGUAGCUGUGAUUAAGUAGUUAAGGUAGCAACUGUAGUUUCUGCUUAUUUGGAAACAUGGGCAAGUGAACAGAAGAAAGAGCUGGAACAACAUCGCCUAUAUAAAAUGGAAGAAAGCUAAGGCUCUUUCAUGCAAAUUAGUAAGGAACAGAGACAGGCUAUGGUAAAAGGCCUGUCUUUUACAGGGAGCAUUGAUUAAGCCUCUAGAUAUCUAGAAGAUUGUAAUUGAAGGGGAAAAGAUGUUGGUUUGGGACAUGAAGGUCUACUGUAGAAGUGAGACAGAGAUGUUAUAAGAUGUACUGUGUGAUUCUACACAUCUUAGAAGCAAGCCCCACUGGUUUCAGUGGUGCUCACGCCUAGCUAGGUAGAGUUACAUCUGUAGUGGUAGCUGUGUCACUGAACGUGUAAAGAUUUGGUUUUGAAGUGAUAUGAGGUAAAGGUUUCUGGGUUGGGGAGGGAAACGAGAGAUUGUCCCUUCAGGAGCCAGGGCACAGGAUGGGUCCUGUAGAGCAUGACAAAAAUGUUUUGUUUUGUUUUAGAAUUAUGGAUUGGAAGUUAGAAGAGUAAAACAUAUUGGAAGAAGAGUAGAACACUAACAUACUGUUGAGCAGAAAAUGGUUACGUUGCCUGUAUAGCAGGACAAUGAAAGACAGUUGAGAAGUGCUGGAGAAUUCUGCUAGUCAUGACAGCAUAUGUCCGAGCGGUAGCAUGGUGCUUUGGUGCAUCUCCUAAUCAUGGAGAUUUAAAGGAAAACUUGCCUUCAGCUCCCAUGCCAAGCAUAGCUUUUGUGGCUGUUUUUUUGUCUUUUCGUUGUGGUUCCGUGUUCUUGUGAUCAUAGCUGGUGUAAAAGGAGACUGUAGGGAAAAAAAACCUAGGUAUGUUCCUAAAUUAGAAAUAGGACUAGAUGUUUGGUAACCAUUUUUGUACCCUUUUUGCUCCAGAUGCCUAUAAACUAGACACUGCUGGGAGCCAAAAUUGAAUCAUAAGAGUGUACAGCACUUUUUUAAAAAAAAAAUGGAGCCGUUCUCUGCCAGGAGCAGGAUACCAGCUCUGGAUUGGCCAUGGGUGGAAAAUAUGCUUUCAGUCGGAGCUGGGUGGCAAGACAAGUUAGAGGCUCAAUCUCGUAGUGGCCAUUGUGGAUCCUUUUAGGAAGCUCUCUGCAAGAAGGAGUGGAAGUGUUUUUCGUUGAUUUUUGCAUUGCCUGCCGGCUUCAGAAGAAGGGCUAUUUAUGCAUGCUUUGAAUGUGGCAGCAGCUUCCUGUAAGAGAGGAACAGUUUAUGCUGGAGUGACACAAGUUAUCCUCUGUAACAGCCUCCUACACCGUGUUUACACAUUGCUGCUGCACAAGGAGGGGGUCUGUCCCAGGGUGUUGUGAAGAAGCAUUUGAAGUGUGACCUGGAAAUUAGCUCCCUGGGGUCUCCCCUUAAAGCCCAAUCAGGUCUUUCCCCCCAGUUCUUCAUUUUGUCUUGCACUGGGCUGUCUGUGAGCCUUUUUAUAGCCCUGGGGGUGGGCGGAUAGGGGGGAUUGCUGAAAGCCCGUUCUGCUCUUUGACUUUGACACGUAUUUGGUGCUUUUCUUUUAUGUUGUAAACUAAAUUGAGUUCCAAUUAAAGGCAGAACAACCAGAACCCUGGUUUCUUUGUGCCUCAUUUCCCUAUGUCAUCUUCAUUUAAAAUAAAAUUACAAAGGUUCA